UCGUUUGUUUCAGUUAUCAGCCAUGACGUCAGAAACUUCAGUGAGGGAGUUUUACAGAGGUAGGAGCGUCUUGGUGACCGGAGGGACUGGUUUUAUGGGGAAAGUGCUAAUUGAGAAAUUACUUUACUCUAUUCCCGAUAUCGGCAACAUUUAUAUACUCCUGCGUCCUAAACGGGGCAAGUCUGUUACGCAGCGUUUAGAAGACAUGCAGCGCUUACCAUUAUUCGAUCGUCUCAAGACCGAACGACCUAGCGCGUUCAAAAAAUUGAAAGCUCUACAGGGUGACGUUUUAUUUCAUAACUUCGGCCUCUCUAAAAACGAUAUAGAAAACCUGUCCAGUGAAGUCUCCGUUGUAUUCCAUUUUGCUGCUACACUUAAACUAGAAGCACCUCUAAAAGAUAACGUGGAUAUGAACACUAGCGGUACCCAAAGAACCCUUAAUAUUGCGAAGCAACUGAAGAAUCUAACCAUCUUCGUACAUUUAUCAACUGCUUUCUGUUACCCUGACUACGAAGUAUUAAAUGAAAAGGUUCACGCCCCCCCAGCUAAGCCCGAAGAUGUGAUGAGGUUGAUCGAAUGGCUGGAUGAUAAGCAGAUAUCAAUAUUGACCCCCGCACUUUUGGGUCCACAUCCUAACUGCUAUACUUACUCUAAGAGGCUCGCUGAAAACGUAGUUGAAAAAGCUUUUGAAGAAUUACCUGUUGUUAUUUGUCGACCGAGUAUAGUAUGCCCAUCUUAUUCGGAACCUAUACCAGGAUGGGUGGACAGCCUGAAUGGUCCGGUUGGUUUGAUGUUAGGAGCAGGUAAAGGUGUCAUCAGAACCAUGCUGUGUGACGGAAGCCUGGUAGCACAAGUAAUACCUGUCGACAUUGCCAUCAAUGCAGCUAUCACUGUUGCCAAGAUUGAAGGCAGUAAGAAAGAGAAACCCGAAGUUAUACCAGUGUACAAUUUAAAUAUCGGUCAUCAAAAACCAACUACAUGGGGUUCGGUUCUCCAAGUAGCAAAAGACUAUGGACGGAAGGCACCACUCGAGUGGCCGUUAUGGUACCCCAAUGGAGAUAUCACAACGAAUAAGGCACUUCACGAGUUUAGAAGAUACUUCUACCAUCUGAUUCCUGCUUACUUGAUUGAUUUCCUUAUGCUAUUAUUCGGACAGAAACGAUUCAUGGUAAGAAUUCAAGAUAGGAUCAGCCAAGGAUUGUACGUCCUUCAAUAUUUCACAACUAGAAACUGGUCGUUCGGCUCUGCGAACUAUGAUAGCAUACAGAAUACCUUGAACGACGAAGAAAAAGUGAUAUUUAACACUAACAUUGAGAAUGCUGACCGCGACGAGUACAUGCGCAACAGCGUUAACGGUGGUCGUGUGUUCUGCUUAAAAGAAGAUCCCAAAAAUAUAGGCAGGAACAAGAUUCAUCACAACGUGCUUUUCGUACUGGACAUUAUCGUCAAGGUCCUGUUUUGGCUCCUGAUACUCUCCUUCGUGGUGUCCUGGUGCACGCCACUGAAGGCAAUCUUCUCCUUCGGCGGACCCGUGAUCAAACCUCUACCAUUCUUAGGCGCUGCUGUCUUCGAUGGCAAUGAUAUUUAAAAAUUAUACACAUUUAUUUUUGACAAUAAAGGUCAGGUUGUAGAAAUUGUUUACUCGGCCACCAUAACAUAAAUACAAGUGUCGAUACACCGUAAAAUAAUAAAAAAAAUAUACGCACUAUUGUUAAUGUCUAAAAUAUAUUUAAAGUCAUCUUAAUGUUUUUAUAGUCAUGAUAUUGUUUUCACAAAUUAUUCAUAUGAACAAUUUUUUGUACAUGAUUGUUUGUACAAAUAAUAGCUGAACUAUAGCUAGAGAAAAUGUAACUACAACCUCACCCUGAGUUAUUUCAAUUAAAAAGUAGUAAUGCACUUUGGUGACCAAAACAUCGGUAGCCUUACAUUAGCUUAUAUUAGCUCUCUGAAAUAAGAAGAAAUACUCAUUAAAAUAGUGAUUUUACUUCAUGUAAGACCAGUUUGAGUAGCUCGGUGGCGUAGUGGAUAAGCGCCGCGGCCCGCGAUCGUAGUCGUUAAGCAACUUUCGCUAGGGUCGGUCACGGGAUGGGUGACCAAAAAAUUAUUAUCUCGAGCUACUCCGUGCUUCGGAAGGCACGUUAAGCCGUUGGUCCCGGCUGCAUUAGCAGUCGUUAAUACCCUCCCAUCCGCAUUGGGCCAGCGUGGAGGGUCAUGACCCAUCCUCCUUAACCAUCCAUAAGGAAGGCCUGAACCCCUGCAGUGGAGACGUAAAAGGGCUGGUGGUGGAAGACCAGUUUAUUGAAAUCAUCUUCAAUCAAUUUGCACUAGAUAUCAGCAUUAAAAUAAAUCGAAACGUCUAAUAAAAUAACUACAUAUUUUUAUUGACAAACGCAAAUGAAAUAUCUGUUUUAAAAUUUACACGAUAUACGGUCAGUUGCACAAACGUCCAUUAAGGUUUAACGACUCCUUAAAGCUCUAAUAAAAUAAUUACAUAUUUUAAUUGACAAACGCAAAUGAAAUAUCUGUUUUAAAAUUUACACGAUAUAAGUGGACUAUAUCCUCCGCCUUGUUUUAAAUUUAUAUUUUUAAUUACCGUGGAGCAGUAGCACAAAUUAUCCUAUGAAGCUUUGGGCAUUAAUUCCGUUGUUAACGUAAUAAUCGCGUAUCAAUAAAUUCCAUUUUGCAAUUUUAUUAUCUAAAAUCAUUAGUGCAAUGGGUUCUUUACAAAUUAAAGUGACAAAUAUGUUUGUUAUUAUGUGAUCUUGUAAGAAAAUUCCCAAGAAGAUUUGUAUUUGGAUUUGUGAUGAUUUUCUGAAGAUAUCUUGAUUAUACGUACAUAUCUGUGUAUGUAAAAUGGUUUUGGAAUGAUACCUGAACGAGUGGUUCAUCGUUUUCCAAACUUUCAAUCCUGAUCACAGAAAUAUAGAUUUUAUUUAUUGUUAUUACAGCAUUUACGUAGCUUCAGUUCCGAUACGGAUUCACAUCCUAAAUCUCGUAAUAUGACGAACUCGAGAACAUUUUUUACAUCCAAACAUCUCGGGAGAGCCCAUACAAUAGUUCACGCAAAUGUGACAUUUGGAAGUAAAAUACUUUUGUCGGCGGAGUAAUUUUCAUUGUUCCUAUCCUCACUUGUUCAAAUCUCGUUACCAUUAAAUUGUUACCAUUUUGAUAGAAUAUAGAACGAAAACGAACCAAUAAUGUUGAUUAUAAAAUAUACUUAGUUUUAAUGACUGAUUUAUUCGCAUUUUUUUAUAUAUGUUAUUUUAGAUUUGUUUAUUAAAAACGUGUCCAUUAUAUUUUUUACAUAAUUACUCUUUAUCGAUAAAUAUUGGGCAAAUAUUAAAGAUUGUUUACU